GUUUAAUUAGCUUAUUAUAUAAUAAAAAGUAUAUCGACAUUAAUAAUAUAUUUAUUUUAGUUCAUCUUACAAAUGAUUUACGUAUAAAUACAGGUAUUGAAAUUGAUUUUAAUAAAAAAUUCAAAUUUGGCGGACACUGGACGAAGCGCGCUCUGCAGUCGAAAUUGCAAAACAACAGUUCGAUAUGUUUGAAGCUGGCAUUAGAAGAUGGAGCCAACAUUUUCCCAAUAAAUAAAAGACUAACUUAAAAACCAUAACAAGAAAAACCUUAACCAAAAAUGGUCGAGACAAGCAAACAAGUCCGAGUAGACAACUGGGGUAUCUACUUCCUACAACGUCUCCAGUUGUUUUUUUCCAAAACAGACUUCUGUGACUUGACCCUUCAGUUUGACGGCAACGUCCAACUAAAAGUCCACAGACUGGUAAUGAACGCAUGCACCGAAUACUUUACUUUUUUGGAACAAAAUUGCCCGGCACCAGAAGAAAAUGCCAUUCUAAUGCCCUCCGAAUUACAAGCGGACGUUAUGGUUCCUAUUGUCAAUUUUAUGUACACUGGCAUGUUAGAAUUUCAUCCGAGUAUCUACGAUAAACUUAUGAAAGCUGCGGAUACUAUGAGUAUUUCAGUAUUGAGUAAACUAUUGGAGGCUCAAUUGGCACCCAUCAGUAAACUGAAUUCACUCAAUGCACGCAGCAGCAGCAACACGAAGGCUAAAGAAGUUGAGAAAAGUUCUUGGAGAGAUAAUAAACCUAAGAAACAAGCUAAAAUAGCACCUGCACCUGUAGUGAACGAUUUACCAGCUGCUUUGCCUGGGAAAAAGGUGCCAGUAUGGAAAAACAGGAAUCCCCCAAGUGUUAUGCAAACACAUCCUGCAUCUGGGACAUAUUCAAAUAAGUGGAAACGUGAACAUUCAUUAACGGAACGCAAAACUGUUACUACACCUAAUGUACCAAAACCAACAAGAUUUGAAUGGCCUGAAGAGGAGUUGACACCAAUUCCUAACUUGUACCCAACUUUUGAAGAUGUUUCAUUGACUAGUAAACCCUUGUGGACCAAGGAAGAUGAUCAUAAGCCAGAUAUAGCUGAACCUAAACCUACGCAAUAUUCGAAUCGUAAACGCGCUCGUUCGAUAGUCGAAGAACCAGUUCCUGAAAAAGAAGCAAAAGUUGAAGUUGCACAGUUAGAGGAACCUGCCGUUGAGACUCCUGCAGUCAAACGUAAAGCUGAGCAAAAAGUUUUAACUUCACCUAAAAGGAUAAAAAUAACAAGAGAAGAAGAAGAAACCAUCAUAAACAUUACAACGAGUAACCCCAAUGAAGUAGACCACAAAAAAAUUGUGACAGAAAUAUUGAAGAAGUAUCCAGAUUUGGUUAACAAGAAGAGAAAUAUUAAACUAAAAAUAACAAAAGCAGAUCCAUCCCCAAAUAAAGUCCAGGCAAAGGAGAAAGUAAAACCUCCAAAGGAGUCACCACCCGCACCAUCAUCCCCAGCUCCUAAAGAAAUAAAAAAAGAGCCGGUAUCAGUAAAAAAACCUCCGUUAAGAGAAGCUGCAAAACCCAAAAAACAAAAAAUGCCGAUUUUUUCAGCUUCUAGUGAAGAAGGUCCUUGGACAUGCAUGGAAUGCGUGGGCCAAGAUCGCGACUGUGCCGAAUUCGUGCUGUAUUAUCUUUUCCGCAAACAUAUGGCCGAUCAGCAUCACAUGGAAUUCGAUGCAACCCUUUGCAAAUAUUGCGGCAAAAAGUGUGUGAAAGAAAAUCAUAUGACAUAUCAUUUGUACACCAAACAUGGCUUGAAACCGCCCAGGGAUGUUGUUUUUCCUAAAUGUAGCAAGUGUCCAUUUAUCGCUGUUACUAAUGAACGUCUUAAGGAACAUAUGAAAAUUCAUUCAAAAGACAACAUACAAUGUCCAGGUUGUCAGCUUGGUUUCCUAUCAAAAAAAGAACUCUCGAAUCAUCAGCACAUAUCCAGGCAUACCAAUAAAGUUUGUACAAUAUUCGAAUGCACUUACUGCAAGAAAAAACUUCAAUCUCCAGUAACAUUAUUCACUCACGUUAGGGCCCAGCAUAUAAAACAAGCCGCCAGAGAUGGUAUCACUAGUUUGCAAGAAUUUAUGGAUGUAGAAAAUGAGGAAGAGGACGGUUUGGAUUACGAGGAGGAAGUAGAAAAAGAAGCAGAAGCAGAAAAGAGUCAGGCUGAAGAGCUUUCUGAAAUGUUAAAAAAAAAUUCUAAAGUAGAGUUUGUUGAAGAGAUUAGCAUGGAGGAUAAACACUUGAAAGAUAAAGUGAAAAUAAUUUCCAAUGUAAAAGUACCAAGACAGGAAGAAAACUCCCCAAAGAGAAUAGUAACUAAAAAAGCAACUAUUACAUCAUCAUCUACUGCUCCAGAGACUGCUGUAGCUGUUACUACCACCACGGGUACUACUAUAAGCAAUAUCACCAGUAGCCAGUUGACCACAGACUUAGGCAUUGUUGAUAUUGUUGUUCUCGAUGACAAUCAACAGUACAUACUGCAACCGCCUCAAGGUCAAUCUGGCAACAGAGAUUUUAUUUUGCCGCACAAUUUGGCUGGCAAUGAGGGAAUUCUACAAGCAGCAGCAGCUAAUUCUACAGAUGAAUUAGUGAUGGUUUUAACAGACGAUUAUCAGGACCAACAAGCCCAUGGACCAUCAGAUAAUUCGAAUAUUGUUGUGCUUUAUAGUCAUCCUGUGGAAGGACAGGAAGGACAAUUUAUAACUUCACAGGGAAAUAUACUUGUAAACUCUGAUGGUAUGCUAGAAAUUCGUAACGGGACAGCUAUAACGACAACAGCUGGUGGUCAACUUUUAGUUAACGAUAGUACGACAACUCGAACAUCAAAUCAAAUCGAGACAAUCGACUCAAUAAGGAAGGAAAUUGAGGGUUCGCAUCCUAUUGAGAUAACAGAAGUAAAAGAAACGGCACAGUUUGAAAAAGAUACCCCAUUGCCAGAAGGGGAAGAUGAACCACCAUGUGAUACCUCAAGUGAAACUCUCGAAAAGAAUGAAGAACAAGCUCAAGAUGCUACUGAUUCGUCAAUACAAGAUGAACCAAUGGACACAAGUGAAAUUGAGUCACAAGAUAGAGAAAAUGAAAAGGAAGAAACUGAGGCAUCAAUGAUUGGGGAUCAACCAAAUAACAACGAAGAAAUUGAAGAACUACAAGCAGCAGAUGUCUCAAAAGAAGCCACCGCAGAACCUACACCAUCAGAUGGUGAACUUGUUAUGAAUGAUCCAAAAAAUUUCGCUUCCCAUAGUGAAGACCGCGAGGAACUUAUGGAAGUAGAAGAUGCUGAAGCUAAAGAAUUCGUAGAAAAUGUAGAUGAAGUUGACAAUCAAGAAAUUUGUCACAGCCCGUCUACUGCUGAAGUUGCUAAUGAUGAGAAUAAUCAAGAAGAAGCUCUUGAGGAAAUGAAUAAUGAAUCAGAAACACAACCCUUAGAAGAGAAUUUCGAGAUUGCUGCAGAUGAGAAUCAAUUAGCAGAAGAAAAUGCUGCUGAAAAUGAUAAAACGAACGAAACUAGUAAUUCGCUUAAUCAACCAGGAGAAAACGAGGUUAACGAUUCGAAUGAUAAUAUUCAGCAGAGCUUUGAAGAUUUUACUGACGAGUCGCAGCAAAGUUCCAGCCAGAGAUCUCAGCAAAGUUCCAGCCAGACAGGUCGAAAGGACAUUAUUAACAAGGCGAUUUUAGAUGACUGGGAGGACACUGACAGUCAACAGAGUAAUCACCCUCAAGAACCUGAGAGUCAGGACCAAGACAGUCAAGAACCUGAGAAUCAGGACCAAGACAGUCAAGAACGUGCUUCUAUAAAUGCUGCUAAUACUGUAAACAAAUUAUUAAUGGCCGAUUGGGAAGACGAUGAGGAGGACCAAAACAAAGAAUAGCAUUAAAAAUGCAUCUACAAUUUAGUAUUUGAACAAACCAAUAUUUUAGCAGUAGUAACUUUAUAUUAUUGUUGAUGUGGGCAAAAUGUAUUUGGAAAUUAUUUUUAUAUAACAUUGUUUAGGAACUAAAUGUUUGCCAUACUUUUUACACAGCUUAUUCUUUCUAUCUACUUUUUGUUUUUAGUAAAACGCAUUUAUUUAUUGAAAGGAAUGUCAUAUUAUUUUAUAGGUAACAGUUUUUGUUACUUAUAAUAUCGAGACAGGAGUUAAACUUCUUGAGUGUAUUUGUAUAGGACAUAUUUUAUUUACAAUCGUCAUAAUUUCAAUUAAUUUCCCUACAAGUUUUGACAUUUAAUUUUUUUUGGAAGUGAGAACAGGAAUUGAUCAGGUAAUGUGAUACAUACUUACCAUGUCAACAUUACAUAUAUUUGAUUGUAAAUAGAAUCAAUUUUCAUUGUUUAUGUUUUUACUGACAUGUCAAUUGAAUAGAAAAUUAUUUGGACACAAAAAAAAAAACAUACUCUUUAAAUUGCUCAGUUUAAUAAAUUAUAUCAAAACUGCGUUUUUUGUAAAUAUCUGUUGUAUAUAGAGUGAAUCUUUUUACACAAAGCAACAAAAAAAAUUAUUUUAUUAUGGAAAAAUACUGCCAAAUUUCUUUAUUUCAGCUUUGAUAAUUUUUAUCUCAAAUUAUUGUCCUUAUAUUUAACUCUCUAUAUCUACAAAUUGGCCUUUAUAGAAAAAGUCGAUAGGAAUAUAGUGCGUUUUACAUUAUUUAAGGUGUACAAUAGACAAUAUUGAUAUUUGUA